CUCUCUCUCUCUCUCUAAUGGUGCCUGGAAGAAGAGGAGGAGGAAGUCCCCGAUUGUGUGCGGUGGCGUCUCUGUGCUCCCUUCCUCGCUGAAGCAAAAGCCACCAAACCUCCUCCUCCUCUCUCUCUCUCUCUUUCUCUCUCGAUCGAUCUCGACUCUCUCUCUCUCUUCCUUCUCCGUCGUCUCCCGCCCUCCGCCAAUUCCCCGGGACCGCCCGUUCUCCGAGGGGGACUCGCCGGGGGCGCGCGCGCGCGCGUUUCUUGCUUCUCCGGCGGAAUUUGCUCCGGCGCGUCCUUCCCCUCUUCAGGGCGGCUGCGGCUGCGCCGAUCCCAAUUCCGCUCGCUCCCCCGUGCUCCGGGGCUCGAUUCUCGUCCCCCGGGGGGUCGAAUUCUCCUCGCGUUCUCGGUUUCGGGCGUUCCUUCGGGCGGUGGGAAUGUUCUCCGGGCUGCGGCGGAGCCUGUCGUCCCCGGUUGUGCUGGAAUUUGGUGGUUUCGCGGGCUGCUGUAACAUUCUCCUGCGGCAGAAUGUCCCCGGCCGGGCUGAAACCAGAGCUCCGCCACGCGAAAUCCGUCGGUAGUUAGGGUUUUUGCGUUGUUGCGAGCCUGUGCGUUUUGAUAACGGUGUUGGUGUCUAGGCAGUUUCGAUGCGUGGAUAUGUCCCCGCGCGUGUUGUCUCCUCGAGAAAGAGCUGAUAAGUGAGGACGGUGGCGGGUAUGUAGAAUUCCUUGCGGGUGGGGUUCUUGUUGGUCGGUGUUGUCUUUUAUGCUCGCGGGUUGAUUUUGGAUUGAGAAUUUGGCCGAGGGACGUAAAAGAGGGAAGGAGAUUUACCGCCUUCCCCUGCUAGAAGCGAAGAGGUCGUCCAUACGGUAUUGCAUGGGUAAUAAACUGGGAAGGAGGAGACAGGUAGUGGAUGAGAAAUAUACAAGGCCUCAAGGGCUGUACCAUCAUAAAGAUGUCGACAUUAAGAGGCUCAAGAAACUCAUUCUUGAAUCCAAGCUUGCCCCAUGCUAUCCGGGCGACGAAGAAAGCACAUGCGAACUCGAAGAAUGCCCAAUUUGCUUCUUGUACUACCCUAGCCUUAACCGAUCCAGAUGUUGCACAAAAGGCAUUUGUACAGAGUGUUUUCUGCAAAUGAAGGUUCCCAAUUCCACUCGCCCUACACCGUGCCCAUUUUGCAAAACCUCGAAUUAUGCAGUGGAAUAUCGGGGUGUGAAAACAAAGGAGGAAAAGGGCAUUGAGCAAGUCGAAGAACAACGUGUAAUAGAAGCAAAGAUCAGGAUGCGACAAAAGGAACUCCAGGAUGAGGAAGAGCGGAUGCUGAAGAGACAAGAUUUAAGUUCGUCAAGCAGAACUAUGGGACCUGUUGAGGUUGAUCAUGGCUCAGUUGGAGUUUCAUCUAGGAGAUCUCCUGUAGAUGAAGAAGAAAUUGUUUCUGCUGAUCAGUCUUGUUCUACUUCGAUAAGUAGACAACCUACCCACCUAAGGACAAACAGGGAUGAUGAAUUUGAUCUGGAUCUCGAGGACAUAAUGGUCAUGGAAGCAAUCUGGCUUUCCAUUCAGGAGAAUGGCAAGCAUAAAGGCCUUGCUCAAAGUGACGCUGCUCCUUCUGAACAGUAUGUCUCAGAAGAUCACUAUGUUUCCCAAGCCACUGCUCCAUUGGCGGCGAGCUCAGCAUCAUCUCCAUCUGGUGGACUUGCCUGUGCAAUAGCUGCCCUUGCUGAGCGGCAACAGAUGAGUGGAGAAUCCUCCUUUAGCCACAACACUACUAUGUCAACAUACAAUGUGCUUCCAAAUUGUGGUCCGUUUUACCAAACUGCGGUACAAGAUUCGGGCAGUUAUGCUGCCCCAGAGGGUGGAACGGAACUUCCGCAUGGGGGAGGGAUUCCCAUGGCAAGGGAUGAUGGUGAAUGGAACAUGGACCGUGGCUCUGAAGUUGCUGAAGCGGGAACCAGCUAUGCAAGUUCUGAUUCACCAGAAGACGCGGGUGGGAUUUCUGCUUUACCACAACCGAAUGAAGUUGAUGCGGGCUUUCAAAGUCUUCCCGCUCCCAUCGUUCCAGAGAGUUUCGAGGAGCAAAUGAUGCUUGCAAUGGCAGUUUCUCUGGCCGAGGCUCGGGCCGUAACCAGUGGACCUGGUGUUACAUGGCAGUAGUUCUUUUAUUUUAGAUUAGAUUGGUUGUUGGUAGUUGAUGUUUCUUGGACAGGCGAUGCUGGUCAUGGCUAUUUUUCAGCCGAGUCUCUCUGAUGAGGAGGCCACAGGGAGAUGCUUACUACUUGCUGAAGUUGAAAGGUAUUGAUUUCUCAUCUCUUCCAUUCUCAGUAUACAGAUGUAAAAGGGGAACCGAUUAUUCUAGUUAAAUGAAAGCUUGACGGUGAUGGUUGUAAUAA